AUGUCCUCUGACUCUGGACUCGAAGAGUUUGUAGCACCUUUCAUCACGGUGCAAGAAGUCGUUGUGGGCCCGAUCGCCACUCUCUCGUUGAUGUUAGUAGUCUAUGGGAUGUACGCAAUCAUCUUUGGUUUUUGCGUAAACAUCCUCUUCCAGCGUAAAACAUCAAAGUUGGGCUUAUACCUGGCUUGUACGAUCGCCCUCUUUGUCUUGGCAAAUAUCUACGUCUGGUCAGUGGUAUGGGGAAUGGUACGACAAACUAUAAUAUACUUUCAAGCCGCGAAGACGCAAGACUAUGAACCACUCGCGGAGUAUCUGGUUCACGACAAUAGAAAAACUGUUUGGACAGCUCUUACCAACCUCUCUGGAAUUUUCAUGAACUGUGUUGCGGAUAUCAUGCUCAUCCACAGGUGUUACGUUCUUUGGGGCUCCAACAGGAUUUUCCUAUAUGUUCUUGCCUUCAUCGCCUUUGUGCUCAAUGGUCUAGGGAUCGCAGUAAGUAUUAUGGUAGUCAUAGGCCUCGGCGAACCAUCGAAGCGAGAUAUUUUCAUCGUGGCUAAUACGAUAGGUGGCGGUUGGUCAAUUACUUCUGCGGUGUUCAAUGGAUUAUUGUCGCUUUUGACCGCUGGGAGAAUUUGGUGGGUUAGUCGGGAGGCACGACAACUCAUGGGGACUCGAGUCAAUGCACGUUACAAGACGAUUUUUGCUGCCAUCCUGGAAUCAGGCAUUCUAUAUCCUACCACCGUGAUAGCGGCGAUGGUAAUAGUUACAGUACUCGAUCCGCAUAACUACGGUACUGUGCCCGUAGAUCUUUCUGUUGUCUCGACACUAAUGUCGGGCCUCGCACCUACGCUCAUAAUCGUGCGUGUGGCACACGGCAAGCAGGUGGAGAGUGUUCAACAAAUGAUGUCCAUCAACUUCGCGGCAAGAGAACCUCAGUCAGGAACCAACGCGGCGACUGUUGAUUUCCCUACUCAUCCGGACCGGAAUCCAUCGAGGGAUGAUAUAGAGGCAGUACAACUGGAAAAGUGA